AUGCCUACCCCAGCCUACUUUUCUAAAUAUCCCCCUUUUCCCUCCAACAUUCCGGUAGCAAACGUUCCCGUUUUCUCCUUCUCCAAGCUUGCUACCAAUGAUGAAUAUGAGUCUCAUGCUCUUUUCGAAGCCAGUCGCCAUAUAGGCUUCUUCCAGCUCGACUUCACUGGGUGUCUUUUUGGCGAAGAGUUCCUAAAAAACUCAGAAUAUAUGUUUGAUCUGAAUGCCGAAUUGUAUGCACUCCCUAAAGAGGAGCUCAACGAAUACGCCUACAAUCCUCCCGUUUCACUCUUUCGCUACAAACCCUUAGGUUAUCACAAGAUUGGUGAAAUCGGAGACAGAGUUGAGCUGUACGGCAUCAGUCGCGAUGAUAUAACUGGAGCUUCUGAACCCCUUGAUAACCCGCCGUGUAUUGAACGUUCUCGUCCGCAGCUAAAGACAUACAUCGAACAGGCCAAUGGCAUCGUAGAAUUUGUUCUUGGACAUUUAGAAAAACAUCUGGAAUUACCUCAGGGGACAUUUUCGAAAUUGCAGCCCAUGACGGAGCCAAGUGGUAGCGUUCCGUGGAUGUUGAAGUAUGAGCCGCAACCGCCCGAUGAUCGUCGUACCGCCAUGAUGGGGCAUACCGAUAUCACCGCACUCACCCUUCUCUUCAGUACAACCGGAGGCCUUCAAAUCCUCAACGAUGAAGCGGACCCUCAUCUCGAGUCUUCUUGGACUCAUAUUAAACCUCAGCCAUCCACUUGCAUCGUUAACCUCGGUGACGCAAUGGUAGAAUGGACGGGUGGGAUUCUUCGCUUUUCUAUGCACCGCGUUACCGCCGCCCCUGGUGACCAAGCAUAUGUCACUCGCUAUGUGGUUGGUUAUCUUGCUCGUCCUGCUGGUGAUGUUCUUAUGAAACGACUCACGGCUCCUGAAUACCCAUCUUCCCUCAUACCACCAGUUGAGGAAGGAGAAGAAUCAGGCAAUGACAUGAAUGCUAGAGAUUGGGAGUGGCAUAAACUCUCGUCGGUUAAGGCUGGUAAUAUUGGGGGAAGCUUGGGGGGUAAACCCUUUGAGCCAGAGAGAGAUCUGAAGGAGCUGUUUCCAGUGAUUAUUAAUGCUAUUUGA